AUGCUUCCAUUAACUGGAAAUACAAUCAAAUUUGAUAGUUUCCCUGAUCCUUCAGAUACAUGGGAAAUCACUGAAACAAUUGGCAAAGGAACUUAUGGGAAAGUUUUUAAAGUGUUGAACAAGAAAAAUGGCCAAAAGGCAGCAGUUAAAAUCUUGGACCCAGUCCAUGAUAUUGAUGAAGAGAUAGAAGCAGAAUACCACAUCCUCAAAGCCCUAUCUGAUCACCCCAAUGUAGUCAAGUUCUAUGGGAUGUACUUCAAGAAGGGCAAAAAGAAUGAAGACCAGCUCUGGUUGGUUCUCGAGCUGUGCAAUGGAGGAUCAGUGACAGAUCUUGUGAAAGGACUUUUGAAGAGAGGAGAAAGAAUGAGUGAACUUAUAAUUGCCUAUAUUUUACGUGAAGCACUAAUGGGGCUUCAGCAUUUGCACAACAACAAAACAAUCCACAGGGAUGUGAAAGGAAAUAACAUCCUCUUGACCACCGAAGGCGGAGUUAAGCUAGUUGAUUUUGGUGUGUCAGCACAGCUAACCAGUACUCGACACCGUCGAAACACAUCUGUAGGAACACCAUUUUGGAUGGCUCCAGAGGUCAUUGCAUGUGAACAGCAACUGGAUAGCACCUAUGAUGCCAGAUGUGAUGCAUGGUCUUUGGGUAUUACUGCUAUUGAGCUGGGAGAUGGAGACCCACCUUUUGCGGAUCUGCACCCUAUGAGAGCACUAUUCAAAAUACCAAGGUAG